CAACACGGCUACUAUUUCAACCACCUCGGUAGCUUGCUAGACAACAUACAACUGAAAGAUUGACGCUUUAGACCAUGUUAAUGUACAUUAGCUAAUCUCAGUGUUGUAAACGCAGUUCAUUUGACGUAUCAACUGGUUAACUUUAACCUAAUUUGCUUGUUCAAUUUGCUAAGUUGUUAAACACUGAUACUAGCCGCUAAUGCUACCUAGCACUAGGCUAGUCGCUAAUGCUAACUAACAUCCCUGACCAUGAGCUCACUAAACUACUACUCCCCUGCUAAAGAAGAGGAGGUCUGCUGGACGGAGAAAGAAGCUCUGGGACUGAACAUUAUCGUGAAAGAGGAAGAUGAUGUUAUUGAGGAAACAGAGGAAGAACAUUUUAGAGAGGAAGAGGAUGCUGUCGCAGUAGAGGUGAAGAAGGAAGACGUCUUGGGAGUGAAAGAGGAGGAGACAGAAUAUCAGAUUAACACCAGAGAGAGACAUGACUAUCGUGGAUCCUCUGGGGAGCCUCAACAACAUCCUGAUGCUGACGAGACAGAGAAGAGUCUCUCCAGAUCAGACCACCAGAUGGACAACACUAGCCCUUCCUCCCUCCCGGAGUCCCUGUGUCGUGCCUCUCCCGGUAGCACCUUACUGCUGGGUAUGAAGAGGUUGUCUGUGCUGCUGGUGGACUGCAGGAAAACAACAGGACUGAGUGGAACUGUGAGAGGAGGCGAAGAGAAGAACGGAUCAGAUUUGACUCAUCAAAGAGGAACACCAAUCUUCGAGGAACCAAAGACGUCCAAACCAGCAAGACGACACCUCUGCGCCCAGUGUGGAAAGAGUUUUAACCAGUUAGGAAGCCUGAAAGCUCAUGAGCGAAUACACACAGGGGAGAAGCCUUACCACUGCUCCCAGUGUGGAACUAGGUUUACCAGAUUAGGAAGCCUGAAAAGACAUGAGAGGAUACACACAGGAGCGAAGCCACACCAUUGCGCCCAGUGUGGAAAGAGUUUUAACAAGUUAGGAAACAUGAAAUCUCACGAGCGAAUACACACAGGGAGAAGCCUUACCACUGCUCCCAUUGUGGAAAAGUUUUAG